GCCGGUCUACUAUAAAAUAAGUACUUAUAAUUGCAAGACGUCUGCGUACGAAUCUCAGUUACUGUUUACCGGCGCACAUUAGAGAUCGUCAUGUUGAAUUUUAAAUUCAUUCUUCUAUUCGCAAUAUGCGGUUUUACUCAAGCUAAAUUGAUAAAUCUAUCGUGCAAACAAAUACGUGCGUUCGUGGAUGGUCAUAAUUCUCGGAGAUUGCAGCUAGUAAAGGGUCAAGUGCCUGGUCAGCCUCCUGCUUCAGAUAUGAAGCUUAUGAUGUGGGAUAACGAAUUGGAGGCAAAAGCGGCGAAAUGGGCGUCUAGAAAUAAUUUCGCACACAAUCCGGACAAAACGAUAGGUUCCCGAAGGUUCCAUACUGGGGAGAAUCUUUAUUGGUACGCGACAACAGACCUGACUCAUAAGCUAGAUGUUGAAAGCAGUUUAAGGUCUUGGUUUGACGAACAUCGGAACUACUCGUACGGGCCCUUGACUAUGCGGGACUUUACUAAGUCUACCAAGAAACAGAUCGGUCACUACACACAGAUGGCGUGGGCAAGUACGAUAUAUGUUGGAUGUGCGAUAUCCCAGUACACGAAAAAUAACUUCAAAGAAUUCCUUGUUGUUUGCAAUUACGGGCCAGGUGGUAACUACAUUGGACAGAAGCCGUACGAAUCCCGGCGGCGACGUGGUGCAGCAAAUGCUCUGACUUGCGGCGCUAAAAACUGCAACCAACGAUACGGCGAUAGAUGUUGAAAAUUAAAAACAAAAUAUAAUACGAACAUAUUUUUUGUACAUAGUUAUUUUAAACAGUGUAUUUUAAUGUAAGAAAUAUUGUUAAUGAGAAUUUUAAUAAAUGCAAUAUUAUAUUUCUCAUUAAUGAUUGGAAUAAUGGAUUUAUUAAAUUAAAAUUAUUGUAAAUUA